AUGACCCUAGAAGUUAAAAAGCGGGCAUACAAACGGAUGGACAAGAGCAUAAAGCAGUCUCACGAGAAUGCAAUUAAGCUGCAAACCGACCUUGAAUGUUUUCUAUUGUCAUUAUUAUCUCAACGAUACGGUCUUACUGUUACACAACCACAAAAGAAGACAAAAGAUACCAAACAAUUCAUCAAGAUUAAAGAGAUUAUUGAGGUUUUCGAGAAUGGAGAUGAAUUCAAUUUCCAGUUUCAGAAAUUUUUGAAGGUACGGUCCAGUGAGUACAUCACACAAGAAGUUAAAAAAGGAGUUUCACGAACAACAGCACAACGACGGAUGCAAGAUUUGAAGCACAUCGAGUCGACUCAUUUCUUUGAAGAUUUGCUUGGUGAUAAUUGGAUCAUAGAAGCAAAAAAUGAAGAUAGAGAUGGCAUUCAUGGCGACAUUGCAAUUUACUACAACUCGUUGCUUGUUGCAGACACUAAAACUGUGAAAACAAUUGGAAGUGCUGUAUAUAAUUAUAUCAUGAACUCACUCGGAAUGAAAAACGAAAGGUAUUUCGUCAUAGGCGAACUCUCUAUUAUCCCUUUGUAA